GCUGCUCAGAGGGGAGUGGGUGAGCUGGGAUAGGCUGGGAGUUUGGUUGGGAAGUCGUAAGCGGAUCCAGAAACGGCACAAGAAGGAAAGAAAGAAAAGAGGAGAUCCAGGAUCCAAAGACCUUCAUGCACAAAUCGACUGAAUGUUGUACAGGAGAUCUGACGCAGUAGUUUUGCGGAAAACGGGUUUUGUUACCGCCACAGGUGACGGAUUGGAACUGUGUGGAUGACAAAGAGAGACUCGAAACAGUUAACUUUUCCAACCGGGUGUGAUCGCUAGUAGAAAACUUGGAGUUGGAUUUCUGCGUUUUGUGGUAACGGUCAGUGGAAGAGGAGGACAUCAUGCCGCGGCGCACCGUGCAAGAAGUAACCGUGCAAGAUGUCCAGAAGCGAAGGAGUCCCAACAAACACUAUGUUUACAUCAUCAAAGUGUCCUGGAGUGAUGGCAGUACAGAAACUAUUUACAGGCGCUACAGCAAGUUCUUUGACCUCCAGAUGGAAUUGCUGGAUAAAUUCCCUGUGGAGGGAGGCCAGAAGGACCCAAAGCGCAGAAUCAUUCCAUUCUUACCAGGAAAGAUCUUGUUUAGGAGAAGCCAUAUCAGAGAUGUGGCCAUGAAGAGACUAAGGCCCAUCAACGAGUACUGCAGGGCUUUGAUCCAGCUGCCAGUCUACAUCUCCCAAUGUGAGGAAGUCCGAGUAUUUUUUGAGACCAGACCUGAAGACCUCAACCCACCCAAAGAGGAGCCCAUUGGAAAGAAGAAGUCAGGGUUUGUGGAGAGAGCGUCUACUUUCCUAAAGCGAGGAGACCCCACCUCUGCAGACGCACUCUUCCUCGAACAGUAUGUGGCAGUAACAGACUACGAGAAACAAGAGAGCACCGAAGUCAGUCUGCAUGUUGGUCAGACAGUGGAAGUCAUUGAGAAAAAUGAAUCUGGCUGGUGGUUUGUGAGCUCAGAAGAUGCUCAGGGCUGGGUUCCCGCCACCUGCUUGGAGGCUCAGGAUGACCCUGAUGACUUCACUAUUCCAGGAGAAGAAGUGCCUCGGAGGUUCUGGUCACUGCCAAGGCACGUGGGUCGGCGCAGAACUUUAGGGGAUCUAUUCAGCACAGGCUUUGGGCAAGAAGAGAAGUACUCUGUGAUUUACCCAUACUCGGCCAGGGAUCAGGAUGAGAUCGACCUGGAAAGAGGCAUGAUAGUUGAGGUUAUUCAGAAGAACUUGGAAGGCUGGUGGAAGAUCAGGUACCAAGGCAGCGAGGGCUGGGCUCCGGCCUCCUACCUGAAAAAGUCUGAUAUUCAAAGCCAAAGGCAAUCAGCAGGCGCUGCAGCUCAUGCCAGUACAAAUGACCUGGAAGGGGUUUCCAAACAGAACCUGCAGAACAAUGCAUCAAGAGACAACCAGAAGGAAAACAGGCUCUCCAUUUUCUCUGAUAACAACAAAAUUAAAGUGGGAUCAAGACACGGACUUCCUCCACGCAGAGAUCUAACCAUUCCACGUGGUGCAAACUUACCAAAGCCACCCGUUCCACCAAAGGUCGAGGAAGAGUAUUACACCAUAGCUGACUUUCAGACUACAAUUCCAGAUGGGAUUAGCUUCCAAGCAGGGGUCAAAGUUGAGGUAGUUGAGAAGAAUACAAGUGGUUGGUGGUACAUCCAGAUAGAUGAGAAAGAAGGCUGGGCCCCAGCCACUUUCAUCGACAAGUACAAGAAGACUAGUAAUGCCCUGCGACCCAAUUUUCUUGCUCCAUUACCCAAUGAGAUGGAGAAACUCAGGCUUGAGGAUGGUGGUGCCGAUGAUGAUACCUGGUCUAAGCCUUUACCAGAUGAGCCGACCACUGCCUCCGACUCUUUUGCCCGCCCAAAGCUGAGAGACUGGAAGUCCAGUGCCAACAAGACGACCCCAGCCUUUGCUGGGCCUCUGCCUCCAGCCCCAGCUGCCCCUCCAGCCCCAGCUCCCCCUCCAGCAGAAGAGAAACCAGCUCUGCCACCUCGACGGGAGUCUAUUAAUAAAAGCUUUGAGUUGGAGGCGGCGGAGAAGCCAAAACCCGAUCAUUGCAAGCCGUUGCCUCCAAAACCACCAGCACCUGGAGUCAUCGUGCCUCUUGUUACCCCCAAAUCUGCCCCUUUCAAGCCAGAGAAGCCACCAGAGAUCAAAAAGGAAGAUAAAAGCAAAGCUCUUCCUCUUCGCAAUGAAAUGGGUCUUGAGUGUGGCCACAAAGUUUCUGCUAAGGAGGUGAAGAAGUUUAAUCUGAAGCCUGUUCCCAAACAGCCACCAAAACCGAAGGCAGAGAACCGGGAAGAGAAACCAGAGCCUGCAGGACCUGCAGCCUUUAUGAAGGGUAAGCCGGUGGUCAGACCGAAGCCCGUCCCAGCUGCCAAACCUGAUCCACCAGCAGAAAACAAAGUGGACAUCACCAACUUAAGGAGCAAGUUGAGGCCAUCAAAAGCUGCAGAUGUUGGCUCUCCGUCUUCUGAGGGAAACCAUCAGAAUGAUUCUUCAGCAGCAGGAAGCAGCCCACCCCCCAGCUCUUCGCCCAUCCACAUCCCUGUGCUCAAUAACAGCAAGUUCUCUGAUGAGCCAAAACUCCCUCCCAAACACAUAAAUGGUCUUAGCCAGGAGAAAUCAUCCCCUCCUCCAAAACCAGCAGUGCCCCCACACAAGGAGCCUCCUCAGAGACCUCCUGCCAUGGCUCCAAAAAGACCUCCUCCUCCAAAGAAGACUGAUCCAUCCAGCCCAACCGAAAACAAGCCUCCUUCUCUGAGAGAACCGCAAGAGACUCCCAAGCCUGGACCACCACCACAACUCAGCAGGCCCCCUCCCCCAAAACCCAAAGCAUUUGUUCAACCACCUUCAAGCAAAGAGAAAGACGGCCCCAAGGGGAAUAAAGCUCCCAUUCCUCCCAAGCCCCAGAUGAAACACGAAAAGUCUGGACCACCCAAGGACAAGCUUCCGCCGUUGCUCAAGGAGCCCAGUAAGGAUGAGCUCUAUCUAGCUGUGGCGGACUUUGAAGGGGAUGAGCAAACAUCCGGCUUCAAGGUGGGGACGGUGUUUGAAGUUCUGGAGAAAAACAGCAGCGGUUGGUGGUUCUGUAAAAAUGUAGGAGAAGAUGUUGAGGGCUGGAUCCCCUCGAACUACCUGAGCAAAAAGCCGUAGGUUUUAUGAUUCAUUUAAAUGUAACCAGAAGAGAACAAAAUAAUACACCAAUGGUGUAAAUGUAAAGAAAAGCAAUCUUUCUGCCACUUCACAACUUAUUUUAUUUAUAGGUACAUUUUUUUAAUAAAUACUUUAAAAAUAUCCAGCCAAUCAAACCAGCAAUAAUAGACCUUUUUUGUGGAGGUUUCAUGAUGUUUACUUAUUUUUAUUUUUAUCUAGAUAUUCAUACUCGCUUUUGUGGCUACGUGUCAAUCACAGCCUCUGUAUCAUGUUCCCAUAACUUAGGCUGAAAACUGGGAUGGCAUUUAGCCCGAGUUAGCGGGUGUGCCUGAUUUACGGGUGUGUUAGCACCCAUGCCUUUAAGGAUGCAGUGCCUCGAAAUAUAUGCAAAGUAUAGGCUUCAGUGCUUGCAAAGUAUAUGCAGCUGUAGGCUUAGUAGGUGUUCAUAUCUUGCCAGUUUCUAUUCUGCAGCAGGGAAAAAAGAAUCCUAAAUAACUUAAGUAUUUCAUGAGUGUAGUGGGGACAUUCACUGAUUUCAUCUGAGCUUUCAUGUAUGGUUAACAUUUUUCUUUAAAAUAUAUCUUUGCCAAGUAUUAAUAUUGUUUGUAAAUUUAAAAACUUACAUUCAGGUGCAUCUCAAUAACAUAGAAAAAUCUAAAUGUUUCUAAUUUCAGAUCAACGGAGGAAGCUCAUAUUUUAUGUAAAUUCAUUACCUUAUGUCCUGCACAUUUCACUGACAAACUCAGAAAGGCAUUGCUUAAAAAAAGUCAGAUGUUCAAAGUGCUUUGUCUAAGUGCAUUCAUGGAAAAUUGAGUGGAAAGAAAAAGUGUGGUUAAAAAAAGAAGGUACACUGGCCGCAUGAAUAAUUUCAGGCUUAAAAGAAAUAGACUGGGCUGCAGAAAGCCAAUGCUUCAAAAGUCACCACACCCACCUGUGGCUUAAAACUGUUGCAUUUCUUGUAUUAAGUCACAUUAGAAAUAGAGACAUAGAAAGUGAGGUCAAUUUUGAUUUUGGGCCCAGAGACUGGAGGAAGACUAAAGAUUCUUGAGGUCCAGUGUGAUUUUUUUCACAGUCAGUGAUAAUUUAUGGAACCGUUUCAUCUGCUGUUGGUUCCUCGUGGCUCGUCAAGCCUAAAGUCAAUGCAGCGUCUACCAGAAACUUUUAGAGCCUUGUGCCUCCUUCUGCAGACAGUGUUUUGUAGAUGAGGAGUUGACAACUGCUGACACUGCCAAUAGUACCAUGACUAUAGUAUGAAUGUGUCUCAAUGGACAGCAAACUUAUCAGACCAGAACCCCAUAGAGAAUCUAGAUAGCUCUCUAUUUCUAUGGGGUUUAGGGAGUAAAUUGUCAAAGUCAGUAAGCCACAUUUUACAUAAUUUUAUGCUAAAAUUCUUGGCUAAGAAUCCCAGUCAAGUUACUGAAUACAUGUUCUGUUUAACAUUGGACAGAACAAAUAUUUCCAAAUUAAAAUCAUUUUUUACCAGUAUUGUGUGCUGUCUUAGACUGAAGUUUGAAAGGCUCAAUUUUGGGUUUUGAUUAGUUUUAACAAAAUAAAAAAUUAUCACACAGUGUGUAAUGAAUUUCUAUAUUUUAUGUGUUUUAUGUGGACUUACUAAAAAAACAUCAACUUGCUGAUGUUACUUCAGUUUAUUAGGAUGCACCUGUAUUAGCGUUCUUUUAUUGUUGACUGAAUCAGUGAUGAUUGUUGUGAUUUGUAACAGAUGUGCAGAUUCUCUCAGUUCUGGCAAGUACAAGUUUUGCACAAUUUCAGUGCGGAGAGAAGAACAACUUUUAACGUUACACCAACUUUGUUUCUUUUCUCUUUUUUUUUAGCUCACUGUUACAAAGUAGUUACUCCAAUCAUCUAAAUGUAAACAUAAUAUCCCAAAAUAAGAGGUUGGUAGGAAGCUUUGUGUCAGAAAACAUUUUUUACCAUAACUGUUAUCUUUCAUCCAAACAUAAGAGCUGUACAAUGUGAAAUGCAGAACAUUCUGCCCAUAACAAAUUGAAGAUUUCCAUUGGUUUGUGCAAUGAUUUACAGUGUUGUAAAUGUACAGGCUUUUCCUGAUGUUCGGUGCUCAAAUAAAAAAAAAAGACCAUUGUAUAAACAUAAUAUUUUACAUACUUGACUGGUUUCAAGCAAAGGUCAGCAGAGCAAAUUAUUUUUAUUGUACAGUGAUGUCAUACUUUAGCAGUUUUUUUAAUGGUCCUUGUUGUAGUUCUCUUUUUGGUGUGCAUUUUCAAAAUAGUGGAAUUUGCUUUAAUGUUAAUUACAAAUGGUAUAGUUUGGUGGUAAAAAUAAAAACUAAUUUGCUUUAUCAAGUAACUGGCUGCUACUUUUACAGGAAAUGGUUCAAUAAAGUAACAAUAAAAUGUUUGUAGACAAGGCUACAAGUUGUGACACUACUUAUGUUCUGCUUCUAGUUGUUCAAAUGUUUCACAAAAUUCAAGCCAUAUUACAGCACUGACAGUCUGUCAUCCUAAUAAACAUUUCAAAAAUGAUACCUACAAUGUCAAAGGUGUUAUGUGGCCAAAGGAGGGCAGAAUGCACAUUGAUAUUUCAGUAUUGUAUUUCUUUUUCUAUGUAUUUUGCAUUACACUGUCUCUACCUUUACUUUUAAGUCAAUAAAAUAAUUUCAACUUGGAA